AUGUACGGAUCCGCCGGCCACUCCCUUGUGCAUGCGGGUGGAGUGACGGUGGCCCUCGCCAAGGCCCGCUACGGCCCCGGCCUCGUUUCCGACGUUGGGAUUUGGCGACGUGCAUCAGCUGCAGCAGCGGGAGUGGGGGGAGUAGCGGCUGCACUCCGUUGGCUGCUGCUGCUGCUGAUGAUGAUGAUGGCGGCGACUUGUGAAAAGAGGGGCGGCGUGACGGCUUUCAAACCAAAGAACGCAAACUCCAGAGAUAACUGGACAAAACGAGGGAAAGACGCAUUUACUUGUUAUUAUUAUUGUCUUUGUUUUUCCCCCGUUAUGCAUGCAGGGGCUCGCUGUGGUGGGCGCCCGGUGGUGAGAGAAGCGCAGAGGGAGCUGCGCAGCCCGCGGCAUGGCAGCGACACGCUAAGCGGGACAGGCGGGCGUGGGGCGAGGCAGAAGGCAGACGGCAAUGCGUGA